CAAAAUAAUUUGAAAAAUAUUCAUUCAGCAGGAUUGAUUCAUAAGGAUAUUAUUCAUCUUGGAAAUAUUCUUCAAGUUAGUAACGAAGUAAAUAUCACUACGCAUCUUUCAGGUUUGGGAUUGCCUAAAAGAAUAAGUGGUUUAGAUAUAAGUGAGGAAAUAUUUGGAGUUGUAUCUUAUGUAGUGCCUGAAGUAUUGCUAGGCCAACGAUAUACAAUGGCAUCGGAUGUUUAUAGCUUAGGAGUUAUUAGUGCGAAUGUCAACUGGAAGGUUAUCAUAUGA